AUGGCAGUGCUUGCUGCGGCACAAUUGUUAGAUGAAUUAAUGGGGAGACAUCGGAAUACAAAUCCAAAUGAAAAGAUAAAAAAACCAAAUUGGGAAGAUCCAGAAUAUUGUAAAUACUAUAUGGUAAAAUUCUGCCCUCAUGAUUUAUUUGUAAACACAAGAGCCGAUCUUGGGGUUUGUCCAAAAGUUCAUGACGAUGAGGUAAAAGAUCUUUUCGAACGCGCAGAAUCUUCAUAUAAGAAAGCUCAAUACGUUGAAGAGUUCUUAAGAUUUUGCCGUCACAUGAUCAGUGAUGUAGAAAGAAAAAUACAAAAAGGUAAACAAAGACUGGAGUUGAUGAAUUCAAAACCUGAAGGUCCUCCAAUGACUCAGGCUCAGACAGAGAAGAAUCAGGAACAGGUUCAGCUGCUAUCUGAAAAGAUAACUGCUUUACUGAGAGAAGCCGAGGAAGCUGGGUCCUGCGGUAACGUAGAACAGGCACAGGGCCUCAUGAAGUUGUGCGAUCGGCUGAAAGAUGAAAAGGAACAACUUUUGAAACAACAGGAGAAUAGCCACUGGUCAAUGACAGCGGAAUUAGCAGCAGCUCAAGAGAAGCAAAUGGAAGUGUGUCCUGUAUGUGGAGCAUUUUUAAUUGUUGGUGACGCACAGCAAAGGAUUGAUGAUCACCUCUCUGGAAAACAACAUGUUGGGUACUACAAAUUACGUCAAGCUUACGAAGAGAUGAACGAAGCUCGUGAAAAGGAACAACAGGAGAAGGAGAGACGGCGGCGUGAGGAAAGAGAAAGAGAACGCAGUAUAAGGGGCGGUGGACUCGGAUCAGAUAGACGGGAUAGAGAGAGGAUGGAGAGGGACAGAGAACGGGAUAGCCACAAGGAUAGGGAACGGGAUAGGGGAGAAAAGGAAAGGGAUAGAGAACGUCAUCGGUCCAAUCGUGAAGAACGAAACAACCGUCACGAGGAUCGUGAUCGUGAACGAGAUCGUGACAGGGACCGUGAGCGUGAUCGCGGUGACAAGGAACGGGAACGGGACCGAGACAAGGAACGGGACAAGGAACGGGAACGGGACCGAGAGCGUAAACACCGUCGAGAGAGAAGAUCGUCUCACGACCGUCCAAGACGCCGAUCCCGUGAACGCCACUGA